AUGUCGUUUGAAAAUGAUAUAAAAAAAAGGGGGAGUAAGAAGAAAAGGAAAAAAACACCCCCCAGGGAAGAGGAAAUCGACGAGGACCUCAUUGGAAUUGCCGAACUGUUUCAGGAACAGGGGGAGGACGAUGACGACGUGAACGAUGGAAGCGAUGGGAGAGAGGAAGAUGAUAAUGUUGACAACAGUGACGAUGACGAUGAUGAGGAUGACGAUGAUGAGGACGAUGAUGAUGAAGAAGAUGAUGAUGAAGAUGAGGAUGACGACGAGGAGGACGAUGAGGAAGAAGAGGAGGAAGAGGAUAACUCCUCCAUCGAAGUGAACGAUGUGCCAGUAGAACGGCACAGGCACAUGCCAAUCGGGGGGGGACACAGCUCGCUGGCGGAGAACGACGAGCAGGAAGUGGCCACGAGAGAGGGAAAGAAGAAUAAAGGGCAAAGGGAUGGACAUAAUGAUGGGAAAUUUGUACCAAGUGAUGAACCAUGCGGUGAACCACGUGAAGGACCAAGCAAAAAGCAGACAAAGAGAAGUGGACCACAAGGUCACAGUGAAUGCUUCAUCAGCAAAGAGUUCAUUAAAAAGGUGGGACAGAUGAACAACAUUAUUAACCAUCAAACUACCAUCGAAAGUGACUCCAGCUUUCUCCAAAUAUCAAAUAUAAUUGAAUUGCGUGUAAGACAGAUAAUUGAAGAAGCCAACAAAUUUUAUCAAAAGAGAAAAAGGUACUGUAUCAACAGAUUUUUAAAUCUCAACGACUUCACCAACUCUUGUCAUUACUUGAAUGUAACGGUCCCCUACAAAUAUCAAGUUAGCUUGCACCCCGACUUGUACUCCCAACAGGAGGGGAUGAAAAAUGGGGGAGUCAGGUGGAGGUUGGUGUCCAAGGAGGGCUUUAAGAAUGUGAAAAAUAAAAUGAAAAAAAAAAAAAGAAAAAAAAGCUACCUCAACAAGGGCAGGAGAAGGAAGAGGCGGAAUAAUUUCAAUCUCAGUGCCGCCAAAAUAUUCAAAGAGUUUCAAACUCAGCAAAGUAGGAGAACGAAUUUUUAUAGGGAAUUUGCCCAUGGGCAAAAAGGGAAAGAGAAAAGGAGUCCUAGCGGAGGACCAAGUGGCGAAACAGGUGGGGAGGACAGCGUCGAGGUUGGCAUUUACGGUGGCAAUCAGGGAAAUGAUGAUAAAGCGAAAGUAAAAUGUUCCAGUACGGACAUGGACGAAACGCUUCACAGUGAGGUAAACGACUUGUUGGGUGUCGAAAGGGAAAAUGAAAAGGAGGACCAGGAACCGCGAGACGCUGCGAAGGAAUCCUGUAGCCUCCCCGAUGAUCCAUCCAGUAAGGACAACCCCGAGAUAGAUGUGUCCAUCGAAAGAGAUGGAGGCAAUCCUUGCGAAAAUGAGGAGGCGGAGAGGAACUCUGUCAAAGGGGUUGUUCAAAGCGCAAGUAGUCACAUGGCCCUGAGUAUGAACGACGGACAGGAUGAACAGAAAGUGCUCGAUGGUAGUGAUGCCCAGAGGGCAUGUCACGACCACAGUGCAAGCGACCUGCUGGCAGAAAUUGAGAGGGACUUGGCAAGUGAAGAGGUCCAUAAGGGGGACUCAGUGAAAAGUAUCAAGGAAGGCCCCCCCGAGGAGGAAGGGCUGGGGAAUGAACAAAAGCACGAUGAAGGUAAUGUAGUAGUAGAGAAUGGCAACAUAGGAGAUGGUGAUGUUGGGAAGGACAGGAUGUGUCUGGGGGAAUACACCCACCGUGAGGGAAGCGGAAAAGACAGUCACAUGGAUGCGAUGGGGACCCAGAGCGGUGAGGAAGACAACAACCUGCUGCAUUACAAUUUGUAUUUGCAAAAAAAAAAAAAUAAAAUAAAAAAUAUUCAGAAUUUUUUGCUGAGCGAUAUGCAGAAUGUGCUCCCGGUGGAAGCCAACAUGACAAUUUUUUGGUUGUUUAUACAAAACCGUUGUAAGAAGAGGAAGAAGGGGGAUAAAGGGAAAAACGGCCAAAGUUCCAGCGUUGUGCGGGAUUACUACUACGGUUGUGGUGGAGAGGGUAACAAUGAAAAGAGGAAGAGCGUCCCGGUUCAUUUUGACUACCAGUGCUACGAGAUGUUGUACAGGGUAGAUAGGAGGGGACGAAAUUUCCACAGUUACCGGGGGUAUGCCAAAGGAGAAAAGCUAGUUAAUAGGCAGGGGAAUCGCCACUUGGACCACCACCACGGCAACAUAUUUUUACUGCCUAAGUUUUACCCUAUAAACAAGGAAUACGCAAUUCUCUCAAAGUACAUUUUAGAAAUCAUAAAAGACAUAAUAAAUUACCGAGUAAAUUUUUUUGACUACAAUAAUAUUUUGCACAUAUUUACCACGUCAAAGGAAAUUAACAAAAUUCUGGCGAAUAUUUUUUUCUUUCUUUUCAACGAAUUGGAGCACAAUUUGGCAUUCAACAAUAUGUAUGCAUCGCUGAUGUUAUUAAUCUUAGUGGAUGGAAUUAUAAAAAAUAAGAAUAUAGAUACUCAUUUUUACUGUGUGCAAAUACUGAAGAUGCUAAUCCAUGUAAUUAUAUAUGAACAUGAUUUGAAGUUAAAAAAUAUUUACCUCAUUUUGUUAGUAAAAAGGAAGGCAUGUGAUAUAAUGAUAGAUUUUUGUUCUGUUUUGAGGAGAGAAAGCAACAACGAAAUUAUUAAUAUAGAUUAUUACUUAAUUUAUAUCUUAAGUAAAUUAUUGACACAUAGUAAAUGUACGUACAUGCAUAUUUACGUAUCGUAUUAUUUGAUUUAUUUAAUGCCUUUAAAUAUUCACUUGAAGUUCUUCUUAGCUUACACUCCUAAUUUUUUGCGAAUAUUUUUUAAGAAAUAUUUUUACCAUCAGAAUGUGUACAACAAGGGGAAGUGCCAGUUGUCCCUUUCGCCCGAGGAGACCGAGUUAAAUGAGCUGUUUAACUUUUUCUUCUUUCACAUUUAUACUCUCAUACAAGGGUCCUUGUACAGGAUUUUCAAGAAUAUGGACAGUAUCCUUGUUCUGGAUAAUGCCACUACUUUCAGCUACUUAAGCUACUUAAUGGAUUUUAUCAUUCAGUAUGCUGAUUACCAUUUGCCACUGCUUUUAUCCAUAAUGACUGUCCUGGGUCGAGGCUCCGGCGCUUUGGUUACUAGUGCACCACGCCGUAAGCGGGGUUGGAAGAGGUUGAGGAAACAUUCCAAAGGGAUUCACUUACGACGAAAGAGUCAAGCACUGCGGAGAAGGUGUUCAGACCGAGGAAAAAAAUCCGCCAAAAUUAGAAGAAAAAAAAUAAAAAAAAACAGACUUAAAAAGGAACGAAAGAAAAAAUUCAAGAAGAAGCAACUGCUGCUCGACGUUAGCGCUGUUCGAGCAUAUGAGCACCAACACGAUGUGCAAAAGUUAGCAAAAAGGAGAAAUUAUCUAAAACAUGUUAAAAAAAUUUAUGAUUAUUAUGCUAAGCAAAACCAAAAUGCCAAGGAUGACAACGGGGAUGAUCUGGACGAUCGAGGCGAACUAAUUUCAACAGAAAACAUGAACAUCACUGGUGGGAAUAAAAAGGGGUUCCUCACAGCGUAUGUAAAAAAAAGAAUUUUGCUAAACAAGACACUCCUACAAAAUAUGAUGCAAACAAAUCAGUUGCAUGCAAAUAUUGCCGUAAAUAAAAUGCUUUGCAAAAUUUUAAGUAAAUUUGAAAAAAAGAGGAACAAAAAAGUGUCCCGUCGUCGGAGCAGGGAAGAUGGCUUGCUUCUCUACAAUUCGUGCUACUACUUUUUGUAUACCCUUUGA